UUCUCAGGACGAUUUAGUUAUAGAUUCGUAUCCAACAAAAAGUUACUUGAUUAAAUAUCAUAGGCUCUCAAGAACAGCUCUACUGCUAUUCGCAAUAAUUCCCGUUCCGUAUCCCCGUCUCCCAUAAGACAAUGCACAUUCCCAACGGCAAAAGAGGCUGUCAGAACUCAAAAGUUGGCGCCACACCACCACAGCACCGGCCGUCGUCACCCAGGAAGGAAAAGCCACGCGGGUUUAAAAAAAGAAAAAGAAAAAGAAGUAAAAGCACGUCCUUGGUAACACGGUUAUCAAGCGCCGGGUUACUUCUACUUUGCCGCAUUUCCACAUUUGCUGAUGAUAGAGAAACGAGCUUUGAGCCCCACAUGUUCCCAGGAUGAAACAGGAGUGCAAGACACGUUGAUACGAUGUGUGCGGGUGCAGAUAUGCAUGUUCCAGUUCAAUCUCUCCUAGAUAU